CGGGAUGUCUGCGGCUGAAGCCCCGCCGUCCUGCGGGUCGAAGGCUCUGACGGACUCAGUGUCGGAGCUUCUGACCCGGGUCGGGGAGGAAGUCCUCGGGCUGCUGGAGAAGCGGGGCUGCGGUUCCGGGAGCUCCGGGGCCCGGCUGCUCCGCCUGCUGCUCACCGAGCAUCUGGCGGCGGCGGCGGGGCGGAUCGUCGGGCUGCUGGAGCGGGAGGUGGAGGUGUACCGGCGGCAGGUGGAGCAGCAGAGCCGGCUCCUGCAGGCGGUGCUGAGCCCGGUGGUCCGACUGAGCCGAGCAGACUCCAUCAGCUCGUCCUCUCUCAGGACAGGUGACCCUGAUGAAAGAGAACCUCAGGUGUCAGUAGUUGCUCCGGCCUCCUCGCCCUCGGCCCCGCCUAGCCCCGCCUCCUCUGAUGUGUCAGCAGCAGACAGUGAUGAAGACUGGCAGGGCAGCGACGACUCUUUCAGCACUAAAGACACAAACAGGACGGGGGCAGAUGGAAGACAGUGCUCCGGCAGCCGCAGACGAGGAGUGACGGAGUCAUCGGAGCGGCCGGGGGCUCAUCGCUGCGUCAUCUGUGGAAAAACUUUCCGCCACAAAGGAAACCUGGUGAAACACGUGGAGAAGCACUCAAAUGAGUCUGAGUGUAUCUGUGGAGUCUGCGGUGGACACUUCGAGUCCUCGGACCGUCUGAUCCACCACCUAAGAUCUCACAGAGAGACCGAUAGCAGCGGCGGGACCUGUGAGAUCUGUGGGAAGACAUUUCAGAACAUGGAGACACACAUGAGGAGUCACACAGGAGUCAAACCGUUCAGCUGUGACGUCUGCAACAAGAGCUUCCCCCGACCCGGAGCUCUGAGGAGGCACAAGAAGAUCCACAGCAGGAAGACACUCGACGUCUGUCAGGUCUGUGGACAGACCUUCACUGAGAACCAGCUGCUCCAGGACCACCUGAAGACUCAUGAAGAAGAAGAAGACAACAGCGAGGAGGAGGACGAUGAGUCAGAGAGACUGAAACCCAAGAGAGACAAAAGACAAAGCUCAGGUCUGAAGUUAUCUCAGUCCGUCUCGCUCUGCUGCCGAGUCUGUGGAGACUCGUUCCACAGCCGAGGAUUCUUGAGGAAACACGCCGAGACGCACUGCAGAGAGUCUCCGAGUGUCUGCGGUGUCUGUGGACAGCAGGUGGACCCGUCCGAAGGUCUGCUGACUCACCUGCAGUCUCACAGAGAGGCCGGCGGCACCUGCAGCAUCUGUGGGAAAGGUUUCCAGAACAUGGAGACGCACAUGCGAAGCCACACAGGGAUCAAACCAUACCGCUGCGCCGUCUGCAACAAACGCUUCCCCCGAGCCGGAGCGCUGAGGCGCCACAAGAAGAUCCACACAGGAGAGCGACCGUAUGUCUGCCAGCGCUGCGGGAAGACCUUCAUCGAGAGCAGCGCCCUGAAGACACACAUCCGGAGUCACUCCCUGGAGGUCCAUGAGGACGACGAGCCGCCGCCAGACUGUCCCAACUCUGAGAUGGAGAACAGUCCUUCCGUCAAAGAAAACGCCAAGAUGUCAGCUCAGACGGCGUCUCAGUGCUGUAAAGUCUGUGGAGAGACUUUUCAGAAUAAAAGUAAUUUGAGGAAACACGCUGAAAGCCACUCAGCAGAAUCUGUCUGCGGCGUCUGUGGCGAACGUUUGCCUCCAUCAGAGACGCUGACAGACCACCUGCAGACUCACAGAGACGCUGGCAAAAUCUGUCACAUCUGUGGUAAAACGUACCAGAACAUUGAGACUCACAUGAGGAGUCACACAGGCGUCAAACCGUACCGCUGCAGCAUCUGCAACAAGUCUUUCCCCCGGCCCGGCGCUUUGCGGCGCCACAAGAGGAUCCACAGCGGGGAGCGACCAUACAUCUGCGAGUUCUGUGGGAAAACGUUCAUUGAUAACGGCGCUCUGACGACUCACAUCAGGAAUCACACCGGAGACAGACCGGCCAACCGCGUCUCCUGCGAGACCUGCGGGAAGAGCCUGGCCUCGGUCCACGUCCUGGAGGUCCACAAGAGGAUCCACACGGGCGAGAAGCCGUUCCAUUGUCGCGUCUGCGGGAAAGCCUUCAGACAGGUGGGAGGGCUGAACGCCCAUAUGCUGACCCACACUGGAGAGAAGCCUUUCAGCUGCAGCCUCUGCAGCAAGAGCUUCAGCACCAAAGGUUACCUGGAGACGCACAUCCGCUUCCACAAGAAGGAGCGAGCAUUCAGCUGCCACCUCUGCUGGAAGGCCUUCGUCACCAAGAACGACCUGAAGAAACACCUGCUGACGCACACUGGAGAGAAACCGUACAGCUGCAGGGUCUGCGGCAAGAGCUACCAGGAGAAACGCUCCAGAGACGUCCACAUGAAGGUCCACCUAGACGUCCGGCUCAGCAAAGAGCCAAUCAGGAGGCAGGAAAGCGUGCAGCCUGACUUUAUACAGCUUUUUGUCAGAUCUGGUCUGCUCACCUGUGGACUGCUCACCUGUGGGGCUCCCACGCCUUCCUACUCCUACUGCUUUCCGGCCCUACUCCAAUACACGGCUGCUGAGCUCCUCCAGUUUCGGCUCCACCGGUACGAUUCUCCACUGCUUCAGCAUCUCUGCCCUGACAUCGCUCGGCCACCUCCUCGGAAAUACAUCCACCGUGGCUCGAGACGAAGUUACCACAUCGAUGACUCCACUGCAAUCAACUCCAUCUGGUCUACAACUCGACAUCCUCCGACAAACUCCGGUAGGAAAGUGGACCGCAGUGUAUUAGCCAGCCUAGCCAGGUCGGCUAACAUCACCUUCACCAACGAGCGCAGCGACGUCAAAAUUGGAUUAUUUAACAUCCGUUCCCUUACGGGCAAGGGACCACUGCUCCAGGACCUCCUCCGUGACCGCAAGUAUGACUUUUUAUGUCUAACUGAGACGUGGCAACAACCCAAUGACUUCUCUCAGCUGAAUGAAACUGUACCACCUGGGUUUGUUUACACCUGCCAGCCCCGUCUCACCGGCAGAGGAGGAGGUCUCGCGAUAAUCUACCGCGAUACCUGGAAGGUUUUACCUGUUACAGUUCCACUAUAUUCAUCUUUUGAAACUCUGGCUCUUCAACUUAAUGGUCCGACUCCAACUAUUUUACUUAAUAUCUAUCGCCCACCCAAACCUAACAAGGAUUUUAUUAAUGACUUCUCUGCUUUCCUGACUCACAUCUGCUCUCUCUUUCCCAAUGUAAUUUUGCUUGGUGAUUUUAAUAUUCAUAUGGACAACCUCAAUCUGCCUCUUACCAAGGAUUUUACAUCUUGCCUGGACAGUUUUGGACUCAAACAGUACAUUGGCUUCCCUACCCACACUAAAGGACAUAUUUUGGAUCUGGUCUGCUGCUCUGGUGUCACUCCUUUUAACUGUUCCGCUGAUGAUCUUCCCAUCUCUGAUCACUUGUUAAUUACAUUCAACUCCAGCUUAAAACUGUCCAAAACUAAACAGUCACGUCUUAUCUCUUUCCGUAAUAUCAAAAACAUUGACCUAGCAGCUCUCUCCUCAGGUAUUGACAGCCUCCCCAGUUUCAUCUACUCCUCCCCUCCUGAUCAACUGGUUACCCUCUACAAUGAUCAUCUCCACACUCUGUUGAACUCACUUGCCCCUAAAAAAACUCAGACCGUAUCAUUCACCCACUCAGCACCCUGGUUUUCACCUCUUUUACGACAACUCAAAACCAAAGGACGUCAACUUGAACGGCUCUACAAAAAAACUGGACUCUCUGUUCACAAGGAAAUGUACCACUCCCACAUUGCUUACUACAAAGACACCCUCUCCUCAGUCAAAUCCCAAUAUUAUAAAGAUCUGAUCAGUGCUGGUGAUGGGAAUUCCAGGGCCCUAUUCUCAGUACUGAACAAAACACUACGCCCCCCGGACUCUUUUCCCCCUCAUUUCUACUCCACAGAACACUGUACCUCCUUAAUGACAUUUUUUAAUGAAAAAAUAAGCAAGAUCCACCAGCAACUGACCCCUCACUCAUCCUGCAAUCCGUCUCCUCUGGCUUCUCAUGCCCCCCUCUUUCAACCGUUCUCAAGCUUCCAACUCCCCUCUCCCAUUGUCAUUUCUGACCUCAUCCUGAAGUCUAAAACAUCCACCUGCCAGCUCGACCCACUGCCGACCUCUUUAGUCACUGCAUGCCUUCCCUCUCUGUUGCCCCUGAUAACUGCCAUCAUUCACUCCUCCCUAACCUCUGGCUCUGUUCCAUCAUCUCUCAAAUCCGCGGCUGUAACACCUAUUCUGAAGAAACCUGGUUCUGAUCCCAACAACUUCAAUAACCUUCGUCCGAUUUCUAACCUACCAUUUAUUUCAAAAAUCCUGGAAAAAGCAGUGGCAUCUCAGGUUCAUACUCAUCUCCAUAACAAUAACCUAUAUGAACAGUUCCAGUCUGGUUUCCGCCCACGCCAUAGCACAGAGACUGCUCUCCUUAAAAUCACCGACGACCUCCUGAUGGCAGCUGACUCCGGACUAUCUUCCAUUCUCAUCCUCCUUGAUCUGAGUGCGGCCUUCGACACCAUCUCCCACCCCAUCCUCCUCGACAGGCUAGCAUCUAUUGGACUAUCUGACACACCUCUGGACUGGUUCAUUUCCUACCUCUCUGGCCGCACUCAGUUCAUCCAGCUGAAGACAUUCACAUCCCAACCUUCUCCCCUCUCCUCUGGUGUUCCUCAAGCGGACGACACCCAGCUCUACCUCUCCUCUAAACCCACCUCCACCUUCCCGUCCCCCUCCCUCUGUGUCUGUUUACAGGAAAUCAAAUCCUGGUUCUCUUCAAACUUUCUCAAACUCAACAGCGAUAAAACUGAGGUCCUCCUAGUUGGUUCAAAAUCCUCUCUCACUAACACUCCCAGUUUCACCAUCCCCAUUGACAACUCCUCUGUUUCCCCCUCCACUCAGGUUAAGAGCCUGGGUGUCGUCCUUGACAGCUCUUUGUCAUUCCAGACUCACAUUAAUAAGGUUACCCAGUCAGCCUACUUCCAUCUUCGCAAUAUCAACCGCCUCCGUCCGUCCCUCACUUCCAACAGCGCUGCCAUCCUGGUCCACACUCUAGUUACAUCCCGCCUAGACUAUUGCAACUCCCUCCUCUUCGGUCUCCCCCACAAGUCCCUCCCCGACAUUAAACCUGCAGCAGCUUCCUCUUCUCUUCAGUCUCAUGCUGGAAACAUGUUGAAACUCGACGUGUUGCGGCUGUUUGUGGAUCAGCGGCUGACGGCGGCCACAGACGACAUUUUCCGCCUCUUGGCCAAAACGAUAGCCGAGUAUGAAGACGAAGUUUACCGAUCAAAGCAGGAGAUUGACCGGCAGAGGAGGCUGCUGGAGGCACGAGCAGCGGACACACCGAGAGACUCACCGGGAGACUCACCGGGAGGUGUGCUGCAAAAUUUUACCACAGAAGAAGAGGAGCAGGUGAGGGGGCGGAGCUUCACUUUACACAUUAAACAGGAAGUGAGUGGAGAGGCUGAGGACUUCCCUGAAGUGUUCAGUGUCAAACAGGAAGUGGUUGAGGGUCACAUGAUGCUGGAGGCUGCAGUCAGAACAGAGAUCAGCUGCCAACAGGAAGAUGAUACGCAGGUUUUCACCACAGAAGAAGAGCAGCAGGUGGCGGGGUGGAGCCACCAGCUUGUUAAACAGGAAGUGGGCGGAGCUGCAGCUGAACCCGAAGAGUCGGACGCCAACUUCACGCCGAGUCUUGAUUGGCUGAUGGAGAGCGGCGGCGAUGACGAAGGAGGUUCUUCAUCCAAUCAGAUCCAGUCUCACAGAGGGGAGGGGCUUCUGCUCCCCGGGGACGUCGUCCAAUCAGAGUCGUCUGCUGAGGACACAGCUGCAGACCAGCAGACCGGCCCUCAGUCUGGACCUGGUCUACAGAGGGCGGGGGGGACAGGGCCUCCUGCCUGCAGCAGCUGCGGCAGACACUUCAGCUCUCAGAGGACUCUGAGGAAACACAUCAGACGCAGCUCGUCUCAGAGCCAGGACCAGAUGUCCUGCAGCCGCCGCAGACCCAACGCCCCCUGUGUGAGUCCAGUCAAGUCCUUCAGGUGCAGGAUCUGCGGGACCUCCUUCUACACGCAGGGGAUUCUGGUCCGGCACGCCGAGUCUCACUGGAAGGAGCCCGGGAGCAGGUGCGGCGCCUGCGGGGACCAGCUGGACUCGGCCGAGAGCCUCAGAGACCACCUGCGGUCCCACAAGGAGCUGGGCAGCACCUGCGACGUCUGCGGCAGGAAGUGCAGCUCCAUCAGGAGGAUGGAGAUCCACCGGCGGGUUCACACCGGGGAGAAACCGUACCGCUGCGUCUCCUGCAACCGAGACUUCAGCAGGAAGGAAAGUCUGGAGAGACACCUGAGGGUCCACAGCGGGGAGAGACCGCACCCAUGUGGACUCUGCAGGAGCACCUUCACCAGGAGGGCCUACCUGAUGCAGCACCUUAAAACGGGACACGCUGAGAGACCAGGACUGGAGUCUGCUGCUGAGUUUUUUAUUUAGGAGCUCAUGGACUGAAUCAAAGCUGUGAUUAAACAGCUGACAGGAAGCGAUUUAUUAAAGAGACUGUAAUCUGAUGUUUGGGUUCAACCUGCUGUCGGUUUUUAUCUCUUUAUUUUAAUUUAUUGAAACGUUUUAAUUUUGAGUCUGAACUCAUUAUCAGCAAGAAGCUUCAGUCUGUGCUGAGUGUGAAGAAA